GUAAUGGAUCAAAUUCUCAUAAAAGAUAUACUUGUAAUGUGGCAUGUAUAGUUGAGUCUAUGCUGAAAAAAAUGUAUAUUUGUAAUGUUUAAGCUACUUGGAUAGAACUCUCAUAAUUAGUAAUUUAUCUUUUCCACAGAAGAAUAAAUUAUAAAUGUGUGUACGUUGAUCUCAGAGUGUCUCCCUGUCAAUACUCUAUUAGCGUCAGCUUCUAAUCCACAAAACCCCUCUGAUCUCCGAGAUCUCCCACCCAACCUAACUCUUAUAUCUCUCCCGCCAUGGCCACUCCCGCGCUCGCAGGGGGCAUGGGCGCCUUCUCUGGGUUCACUCGGCUAUGCAAGGGUCUUGCCGUGGUACUCAUCAGUGGCCACAUUGUGAUCCAGGUUUUGCCUCAAGCUAUUCAAUAUCUUGCUCUGAUUCCCGCAAGAACGAUUCCUUUUGCCUGGAACCUUAUAACAGCUGGUUACAUUGAACAAACGAUACAUGGGGUGGUUCUGAGCACCAUUGGUCUUCUUUUCAUUGGGAAGCUGCUUGAGCCUGUAUGGGGUUCUCGGGAAUUCCUCAAGUUCAUCUUUGUUGUCAACUUUCUGACUUCUGUGUGCGUUUUCAUUAUAGCUAUCACGUUGUACUACAUUACAACUCAGGAAAAUUACCUAUAUAAUCCUCUUUCUGGAUUCCAUGGGAUCCUUUCGGGAUUCUUAGUUGGCAUCAAGCAGAUCAUACCUGACCAAGAUAUUCCUUUACUAAAAUUAAAAGCUAAGUGGUUACCAUCUCUCUCGGUAUUGCUAUCAAUUGUGAUUUGUUUCUUGGCAUCAGAGUCAGCAACAAUUCUUCCAACUCUGAUAUUUGGCACAUACAUGAGCUGGAUUUACCUCAGAUACUGGCAGAAGAAACCAGAAACAAAACUCAAGGGUGAUCCAAGUGAUGAUUUUGCAUUCUCAACCUUCUUCCCUGACUUUUUAAGACCCGUAAUUGAUCCCAUUGCAUCUAUAUUCCAUCGGAUGCUCUGUGGAAGAUCUGAAGCUGCUAAUAAUGCCCGGGGUUAUACUGUGGGAGGAGCCCCGUUGCCUGGUUCUGAUCCUAUCGAAGCAUCUAGGAGAAGGGAAAGAGGUGCUCGUGCACUAGAAGAGAGGUUGGCAACUGAUAGACUGGCUGGCGCGCUAGGUUCUGAAGAAUCAGGAGAUGCUGUAGAAAAUGUUUGAUUGCAUCUAAACUGUCUGCUGUGCAGUCAACCAACAGCAAUGUGUAAUUUUAGUGACUAUUUUAGAAGUGCAAAUGGUGUCUAAGAAGAGCAUAUUUUUCUUGGAUUCUGGAGGAUGGAUUUAUUUUGCAAUUUUUCCGUUUUGCCAUUUUUUUUCUUCUUUUUCUUAUUUCCCCUUUGAAAUAGAUCAAAUCCUUAUUAUACAAA